GCUAGAAGAGUCCUGUGCUCGUCCACAGAUUAAACCCAGGGAAAAGAUGGCUCAGCACCACCUAUGGAUCGUGCUCCUUUGCUUACAAACCUGCCCAGAAGCAGCUAGAAGAGAUGCAGACUUCCUCACUAUGAAUGGGAUUCUGGGGGAAUCAGUCACUUUCCCCUUAAAUAUCCGAGAAUUGCAGCAAGUUAUCACCAUUACUUGGACUUCUGGAACAUCUGUUGCUUUUGUAACACCAGGAGACUCAGGAACAGCACCCAAAGUUACUGUGACUCACAGUAAUUAUGAUGAACGAAUACAUGUCUUAGGUCAAAACUACAACCUGGUUAUUAAGGAUCUGAGGAUGGAGGAUGCAGGAGACUACAAGGCAGACAUACGGUUAUCUGAAAUGAAGUCUUCCCACACUAUCACCAAGUGCUACAACCUGCAAGUCUAUCGCCGGCUUGGGAAACCAAAAAUUACACAAAGUUUAAUGACAUCUGUGAACAGCACCUGUAAUGUCACACUGACAUGCUCUGUGGACAAAGAAGAAAAGAAUGUGACAUACAGCUGGAGUCCCCUAGGAAAAGAGGGGAAUGUCGUUCAAAUCUUCCAGAUCCCAGAGGACCACGAGCUGACUUACAUGUGUACAGCCUGGAACCCCGUCAGCAACAAUUCUGAGUCCAUCUCUGCCCAACGGCUGUGUACAGAUGUCACAAUGGGCUUCCGUGCUCAUCAUACCAGGUUGCUGACUAUGCUGGCUGGGUUCUUUCUGAUUGUUCUCAUUCUAUCGUCAGUGUUUUUGUUUCAUUUGUGCAAGAGAAGACAAGAUUCCUAUUUGAAGAUCUUCACUAAGAGCCCUGAUGCUGUAUCAAAGAAAACGAUAUACACAUACAUCACAGUUUCAAGAGACACCCAGCCAGCAGAGUCCAGGAUCUAUGAUGAAAUCCCCCAGUCCAAGGUGCUGCCCUCCAAGGAAGAGCCAGUGAACACCGUCUAUUCCAUUCUGCAGCUCUCUGAUAAGAUGGGGAAAACCAGCACACAGAACAGCAAACCUCUGGGAACUUCAAGCUAUGAAAUUGUGAUCUAGGCUGCCAGACAGAGUUCUCCUUCUGGAAACUGCCACCCAACCACCAACAUUGGCAGGUACCCUGGACCCAGCCCUUCUCUGCCCAGCUCUUACUGGGAGAUUGCAAAUCACCACAUCCCAACAUGUAAGCAAAGCAGUAAAACUUCUGUUGCUGGACAUAGCUUGUGCCUAGAUGGACAGAUGGAUGCAUGUCCUUUCUGAAAUGGCUCCCUUCUGGAUGAAUGACAAAGCAAGUUCCCUAGUACAGUGCUCUCCAAACUUCUUCACAACAUAGCACGUGCAGCAAAUAAUAUUUUUAUAUAGCACACUGGGAUAGAAAAAAAUCAAGAUUGCUCACAUCUGUAGGCUGCAUAUGACCAAAGGCUUCUCAUUACUGGAAGUGACAAACCUGCCCGGCAAGGAGGGGAUCAAUAUUUUGCACACCUGUAAUAUGUCAUGGUACAUCAGCGAGAACACUCUGCUCACACUCAGUAUAUGUGAGUAGCCCUGGUGCAUGGCCUCCACCAGUCCCUAUAGCACCUUGAGCAAAUUAGCACGUUUGUUCAAGGCAGGUGCAUGACUUGGAGAACAGAGUGUGGGCUGCACAUCAUUCCCCACCCAUCCCUUAGCCUGAGAACCUUUUUUCAGGGUACAACUGGCUCAACCAGCCCAAACACAGAUGAUGGUCCUGUGUGGGGGAGGCUGCCAGAGUUGUGACUGUCAGCCAUGCAGACACACUCCCCAAAUGCAGUGUUGGAAAAUGCUCUUUCUGUGCAGUCUAGACUGCUGGGGUACUUUUCUUUGGGUUCUACUUCAGAAGCCUCGUAGGACUUUCUUUCUGGCCAAGCUUUCCUUCCAAAUCACUCCAAGCAGCCUCAGCAAGAAGCAGCAGCCAUGCCCAGAGCUGAAGCUGGGCCUUGAAGGAUGGAUGGAAUUUGGAUAGAGAAGGAGGAACACAGAAGACCCAAGUGAGAGAAGCAUGAAAAUGAGCAGAGGCCUGGAUCUGUAGGGUGUGUUCACGGUGCCUCCCCAGAUAUACCAUGCAUGCUCACAAUCCCUUGCCUAUGCGUGACGGUGCCUCAGUGCAAUGGGCCCUCCCACCCCUGUGCAUCCACACGUCCUUCGAUGCCCACCUCAAAUGGCACGUCCUCUGUGAAACUAUCCCUGCUAUUAGUAGCUAAAAUUAAUCAUGGCUCUUUUUGCACUCCUUUUUUUCCUUUGGUCCUUCUAUCACUAUAUUUUCAUUCUGCCUUACAACAUAGAUAAUUAUUUGUUUUCCUCACUACAUUGUACACUACUUACUGGCAAGGUCUAUGAUGUAUUCAUUGCUCUGUACCCACCACCAUCCAACAUAGUGCAGUGUAUCUUGUGUGUGAGCAACAAAUGCAGUUGAAUAGGAUUGAAAGUGACCAGCCAGCUCGAAUAGAAGGUCUGUUCAGUCUCCCAGGAGAGCGAACUUGGGGUGGGGCCAGUGCACAGGCAUUCUUAAGGUGGCCUUUGGGCUCAGGAUCACCCUGUUCUUAUCUCUCACUGCUUCUUUUCUAUGUAUCUUCUGAUUCAUGAAGAUGCAAGUUACUCACCCCUUCCCUAGGGCUCAGCUCUCAGAUUUUCCUUCUGUAAAAUGAAUGUGACCUUAUUUUCCCCUUCACAGUCUUCCACAUGAACUAGAUUGUGACCAACAGGUCUAUAAAAUCAAAGUAUUCUUUCAAUGGAACAGAAUCUUGUGUCAGACCAAGAUGUGCCAGUUUUUUUAAAUGUGCAUGGAAAUUGAAAUCCCAGGGACAGUGCCCUCUAGUGGAAAGCACCAGUAAGCCAGGACAGUCCCUCUUCUGUCACACACACCUUGGGCUUUAUAUGGGGACUCAACUAGAAAAUGAGGAAUGUUGCAGCUCAUGCUCCUCAGAAGAAGCAAAUGAAGCUGGUUUAAAAAUGUGACUGUUAAAAACAUCUAUAAAGCACUCUGAAUGACACAGCCUACAUGAGACGAGCUUGGCUGGGCCAGCUUGGAAACUGGGCACAGGCAGGAAAGAGCUUGGCCGAUCUGGGUGGUGUCCACAAAGAGCACUUCUCAGGUUCCGCCUGGAGAGAAGAAGUGACCGGGCUCUAUUUUCUUCUAGAUUCAUUACUUUUCUUCUGUUUUCACUUUUCUCUGAUUUUCCUUGGUUUGUAUAAUUUUCUCAAAAAUAAUUAGUGACAGUCUCUAGUGAUUGUAAAAUGAAGCUUGAAAAACAAAGACAAUAAGAGGCAGUAUAAUGAGUGGUCACAAACGUGGACUCUGACGGUAGAGUGCCUGGGUCUGAAUUCUAGUUUCUUAGCUAUGUGACCUUGGGCAAGUUAUUUUACCCUCUCUGUGCCUCGGGAUGCCCAUCUGUAAAAUGGGGAUAAUAUUAGUUCCUACCCGUAGGGUUGAUGUGGGGAUUAAAAGAGGUGUUGCUCAUGUAAGAAUACGACGGCACAUGGUAAAGCCCUGGAUUAUUUUACGAGCUGUUCUUACAGGCCUGAAACCUUCAUAAGAUGCUAAUCCAAACUUACAAAAUUAACUUCUUGCAACAGAAAUGCAGCUGAUAUUAUGCUAAAUUAAUACUGUAUAUCAAACAUUUGACUCUCCUCCCUCCCAACUCAGAUCUAUUGUAUUAUACACGAUGUCUGUCCCUGAGUUAUUAACACACCACACUCUAAUUACCUGAUACUAUACGUGUCUCCCAAGCCAGACUGAGAGAACAGGGGAUAUCUCUAAAUAAUAAUAAUAAUAAUAAUGAUAACAGAAAUGGAAAGCUCCUUGGGGGCAAGGAGCCGGUAAUAAUUCAUUGAGGGUUUACUUUGUAUUCCAACUGCUACACUAGAUGUUUUAUACAUUAUUGGCAAUACUCACAACACCCCUGUAAAGCAGAAAUUAAUUCUUCUAGUUAACAUUAAGGCUGAUGGAAUGAAUACCUAGCAAGUAACUUUCUAAUUAACAUGGAGUCUAGAAAGGCAAUGAAUUCAGCAGUGUAAAUAUGAAUACCUUAGCAAAGGCAGGAAGCUGCAAAGAUAGGAUUUGAACUCAAGACUGCUUGUCACCAAGGGCCAAGCACUUGCAUUCUGCCAUGCUGCCUCUCUUUACCUGUUGUGGAUUCUCAACACCUGGUACUUGGCCUCAGGUGUAGCACACACCCGGCACUUUGCUUGACACAUAGUAGGUGGACCACAAAUAUCUGUUGAAUGAAUACUUGCAUAUACUAAUAUUUAAAGGUAUUAAAAAUAGCACAAAGUAAAUAUAGUUGUAUAUUAAUUCUAUAUCAUCCAUAAAUUUUACCUUGUAAGUGCCUAAGAAAUGGGACUAAUGGCUCCAUUUAUUAUAUAGGUAAAGACAAUAAACAUUAUUUUAU